CACAUGUGCGAGCAAAGUAAGUUGGAUUAAAAAGCAGUUUCCGUAAAGAAAUCAGUUUGUAAGAAUGAGUAGUCGUUUAACGCGGAUUGUCUCUCUUUGGCCAAAGGACGAGUUGCGCCCAUGGCUUUCUUUUCCUAAAACUUUGGAUACCCCAUUUCGCACCAAGCUUGAAAAACUUUCUCCAGAAGAAAGGAAAACCCAAUUGAACGCUGCGGAGAAGUUAUUGGAAAACACAUAUUGGAAUGAGUUUACGCCCGAACAGAAUGUAUUGAAGCCUCAAUUCAACCCCAACUACUAUGAAAACCUCAAACAGGUCCGUCGUAAAGAGGUAAAAAUUCCUUGGUUUAAGCGAUUGUUUCAGAGCAAUUGAGUUCAACGCAACGGUUUUAUGAAGUUUUGAAAGCCCUUCUGCCUCACCCUUUUUCUCUAAUGUUUUAGGAUUCAAAAUAAAAAAAUUUAAGCCUUUGUUUUCAAGGCCGCACGAUUCAUUUACUCGCAUAAAAUGAUUUGUCUGAACAAUAGGACAUGUUUUGAACCAGAUUAGAUUAAUACUUCGUCCUUAGAUAAAACAACAAAAAUUGAAUCAAUUAAAUAUUACAAUCUUUUAAAAAUUCCG